GGAGGGAGCCGCAGCCCCAGCGCGGCAGGGCGGUGGCUCGCAGUGCGGGAAGCCGGACCACCCUCCACCCCUGAAGGUGCGCACCGCUGGGCUCUGAGGGGCGCGGCGGCAAGAAGAGGCUCGGAGCAACAGGUGCGACCUCAAGGCGCCGCGGGAACGAGGGGACUCGGCCUGCCAGAGACUGGAGUCUCAGAAGAGUCUCCCGCCCAGCCUGCCGCCUGCCAGCAAUCGCAGCCGCCCAGACCGGUACCUCUGUGCUCCGGAGCCCCCGCCGCCCGGCACUUGCAGCACCGCCUCCUCGUUAGCCAGGCCAGGCAGGAGGACGGUGCUGCAGGGCUCGGCCCGGGGCGCUGCCCCCUGCUGUCUUGCGGGUAGCAGGAGUUUCUGGCUGGAGAAGCGCGUCCUCGCUGCUCUGAGCUGGGCCGCCGGGCGACCCUUGGCUACCUCCAGAGCCAGCUUUUCCCCGGCUUGCACCCCUCUCCAGCGCGCUCCUUUGCACAGCGCCCAAAAGGGGUGUCCCAGUAAGUGAUGGAACUGGCUACCUUGAACCUCAGCGAGGGGAAUGGGAGCGAGCCAGAGUCUCCCACCCUGGAAUCCAGGCCGCUCUUCGGCAUCGGCGUGGAGAACUUCAUCACGCUGGUGGUUUUUGGCCUGAUUUUUGCGAUGGGCGUGCUGGGCAACAGCCUGGUGAUCACCGUGCUGGCGCGCAGCAAACCGGGCAAACCGCGCAGCACCACCAACCUGUUCAUCCUCAACCUCAGCAUCGCAGACCUGGCCUACCUGCUCUUCUGCAUCCCCUUCCAGGCCACCGUGUACGCACUGCCCACCUGGGUGCUGGGCGCCUUCAUCUGCAAGUUCAUACACUACUUCUUCACCGUGUCCAUGCUGGUAAGCAUCUUCACCCUGGCCGCGAUGUCUGUGGACCGCUACGUGGCCAUUGUGCACUCUCGGCGCUCCUCCUCCCUCAGGGUGUCCCGCAACGCGCUGCUGGGCGUGGGCUUCAUCUGGGCGCUGUCCAUCGCCAUGGCCUCGCCGGUGGCCUACCACCAGCGCCUCUUCCAUCGGGACAGCAACCAGACCUUCUGCUGGGAGCAGUGGCCCAAUCAGCUGCACAAGAAGGCUUAUGUGGUGUGUACCUUCGUCUUUGGCUACCUUCUGCCUUUGCUGCUCAUCUGCUUUUGCUACGCCAAGGUCCUUAAACAUCUGCAUAAAAAGUUGAAGAACAUGUCAAAAAAGUCGGAAGCAUCCAAGAAAAAGACUGCGCAGACUGUCCUGGUUGUGGUUGUGGUAUUCGGCAUAUCCUGGCUGCCCCAUCAUGUCGUCCACCUCUGGGCUGAGUUUGGAGCAUUCCCAUUGACCCCAGCUUCCUUCUUCUUCAGGAUCACUGCCCACUGCCUGGCAUACAGCAACUCCUCAGUGAACCCGAUCAUAUAUGCCUUUCUCUCAGAAAACUUCCGGAAGGCAUACAAGCAAGUGUUCAAGUGCCACAUGCGCAAAGAACCGCUCCCCGGCGAUACUAAAGAAAACAGGAGCCGAAUAGACACCCCUCCAUCUACCAACUGUACUCAUGUGUGAAGGUUCGCUUGAGCCUCCUGUCCUUUAGCUCCCGUGUGUGUUAGAGAGAAGAGGCUAUGGUGAAUUAUCAAGAAACAUGGCAGCUUGUUCUACUGACAAAAAUUCAUAUUGUUCUAGCUACGUUCCAUAGCUGUUAAAGUGCUUUGAUUGUUUAGGGAACUCCGGGGUCCACUGAAGAUUAUUUUCUAAUUUGUUUCAUCUUAUAAUUAUAUUUCUGAAACAUAAGAAAAUUCUAUAUAGUUUCUAUCUCUCAAGGAGUAAAAGUCAAAUAGCAUUCUAUAAAUAUGUUCUGAUCUCCAUGGCAUAAGGCAACUUCUGUAGUGAAGAAUAUUUGAAACCUACAUUUUAAAGCCAGUUAAAUUUAGGGAAAAAGUUCCUUUUCUUCUUUCAAUUUAGAGAGAAGAAAUAAUACCCUGUGUUUUGAAAUAGAAUUGUGGUCCCAGAACAGUGAAUUUUAUUUUAUUGAACCUUUGUGGACAGGGUGGGCAGGGAUGUUUUUCAAGGUCUGUUCCCCUGGGUGGCCAGAGGUCUGUCUGGGACCAUGAGACCAUCAAGUUCAUCUCAGGAGAUCAGCAGUGACUCUACUUUGAAACAGUCUGGCGAACUGGAAGGUGUAGGGUGAACUAAGCGAUGCCCAGCGCGUCUGCCGGGGACUGCUGCUCUGGCAGAUGCAACAGAGGGUGAGUUCCGAGAAACUGCAUGUUAGAGCUUUAAGGAUGUUCUUGGCAAAUGCGCCUCCAAAGAUCCUAUGAAACCAGUCGGCCAAUAAUUUUUAUGGGAUGGAAAAAUGGACAAAACUUAGCCACAUGGGUAAUAUCCAUGCCCAAUAGAGAAAUCAGGAGAGACAUUUGAUUCCGAACAACCAAAGACAAAGAAUAUGUGAGAGGGUAUAUAUAUAUAGAGACAUGCUAUUUUAUACAGACCUGCUUUUUUUCAUUAAACUUGUACCAACAAAUGUUUAAUGCUCAUUUGCCCCAAGUAUUAUUUCAUGGGUUAAUGUUAAUUUAGAGUUAAAAUCCUCACCACUUGACUUACAAGUGUAAUUUUUAUGACAAUUUCAUAUUUAUUUAUACUUGCCAUAGGAAAAUGCUGUGAAAAUGCUAAACUGUCCUAUCUUAGAAGAAUAAUGAUUAGAUUUAAGACUUUGAUAUACUUUAGGAGGCAGUAAGCAAAAGCAAAACACUUUUUUUUUCUAAAUCAAAAGGGUGUUGUGUCUGUGCCAAAUGAGGACUCCCUCUGAAGCAUCUAGUUUAUGUUACAAAACAAUGUCAGGUAAACCCUUGGCAUGUUAACUUUUCUAGCUCCACCCAUUUAUUUUCGUGACCAUCUCCAAGUGAACAGUGUGUACAUUUGCAAAGGCCUAAGUCAUUCUCUGGAAAAAGAAACCCUGCUGGAAUCAUGGGAAAUGAUGGGUUUUCAGUGGUUGCCAGGGAAGGACGGCACGCUGGCAGAGGUGGGUAUUUUAAAGAUAAUUGUGAGCCCUUUGCAUGGGUAUUUGUUUGUCUG